AUUGCUGUAGCUACGGUGAAUUGAGUUUUCUGUCUGUGCUGAAUGCAUUAGUCUAAUGAGAUGUUUGCAGCCGGCGAGCAGGGCUGCUGGAGACUCACUGUGGAAGAUCAGCUUCUGCAAUACUUGGUUUUGCAUGUACUGAAAGUCAUCUGUCUUCUGAAUCAACAUUCCCAGCCUGGGAAAGAACCUUCAGAGCUCUCUGUGGUGCAGCAGCUGUAGCGCCAGAAGAUCUGUCGCCUUCAUCUGCGAGACUGGCACCUGCAGAGAUGGAGUCUCAGAAGGUCCCUGGGAGAAAGCGCGGCCGACCGCCCCUCCACCCCGCACCCUUGAAGAUGGCGGUUCGCAGCCUUUAUCCUGCUUCAGCUGUGUCUUUACCGGGCGUGAAGGUCCCCAAGAAGAGAGGGAGGAAACCGGGAUACAAGCUCAAGACGAGGCUUCUCAUGACUCCUCUAGCCCUCUCGCCUCCACAGAGCACCCCGGAGCCCGACCUCAGCUCCAUCCCACAGGGUACAGCCACCGUUCCCAGCCUGGCUGCCCCACAGGCUCUCACAGUCUGCCUCCACGUCAACAAGCAGGCUGACGCAGGCCCGUUCCUGGAGAGGAGGAAGGUGCAGCAGCUGCCGGACCACUUUGGGCCGGAGCGGCCAUCGGCAGUCCUACAGCAGGCUGUGCAGGCCUGCAUCGACUGUGCCCGCCAGCAGAAGCUUGUCUUCUCCCUGGUCAAGCAGGGCUAUGGAGGCGAGCUGGUGUCUGUCUCAGCGUCCUUUGAUGGGAAGCAGCACCUGCGGAGUCUGCCAGUGGUGAACAGCCUCAGCUAUGUCCUCCGCUUCCUCACCAAGCUGUGCCGGAGCCUGCUGUGUGACGACCUGUUCAGCCACCAGCCUUUCCCCAGGGCCACCAGUGCCUCCCAGGAAGCCCAGGAGAAGCAGGAAGGCAGACUGGAUUCAGCAAAAACAGCCCCCACGGAAGAGCGCCUGGUGAGCCCCGGGGCUAUGAGCCGCUACAGCACGGAGCCCUCCGCCUCAGCCUGUAACCAUAGGGGCCCUUUGCCCACCUCCUCCUCACUCUACUGCAAGAGGCAGAGCUCUGGAGAGGUCCGCCUUGGGGGAGGCCCGGCUACUGCUACCGCCGGCCCCCGCACCGGCAGCCUGGCCUCCGGAGGCACGUCUUCACUUGGACCGAGGCCCCCAGGCUCCAGCCCCAAGAGAAAUGGGACCACUCUUGAAGGAAACAGAUGUGCUCCCAGCCCUUCCCCAGAUGUGCUGGACGUCAGGCGGCCAAGGAGCAGGAACCCCUCCACCUGGACAGUGGAAGACGUGGUCUGGUUUGUGAAAGAUGCUGACCCGCAGGCUCUGGGGCCUCAUGUGGAGCUCUUCAGAAAGCAUGCCAUUUUCACUGGUGUGAGGUGCUGUCUCAUGGUGCUUUUGAUGGGCAGUUUUCUAAUGGAGAUUGACGGCAAUGCUCUCUUAUUGCUGAGGAGUGACAUGAUCAUGAAGUACCUGGGCCUGAAGCUGGGGCCUGCGCUGAAGCUGUGCUACCACAUCGAGAAGCUGAAGCAAGCCAAGUUCUGAAGGCUGCCAAUAGAAGCAAAAGCCAGACAGCAGGUCUCAGGCUCACCUGCCUUUUACCAACAUCCACCCCCUCACCUUCACCUCCGGGGGCCCCAUCACAAAAUCGAUUCUCUUCGUGAAAAGAAUCGCCAUAGAGAAUGGGAUGUUUUCUAAGAUGUGUGUGUGUCUUUGCCUUUUU